AUACCGUCGUUCUAACCCCGGAUCACAUUCAUCUCGACAGCGGGAGAUCAAUCCCCCGACCUUCGUCCCCGCAUUCAACGGAAGGGUUGGCUUGUACAGAAGGUAUGACGUUGUUUCUCUCCGAUCGUGCUCUGUGCAGCAAACACUGAUGCAGUCCAAGUGCCGAGAGCACAGCGUCGAGAAGUGGUGGUGAUGCAAUUCUCACAUCCAUGUGUGGGUUGGGAGAGGAGGAGGAAGUGAUCGAUUGGUGAAAACGCAACAUGGGAAUUCACGAGAACGGGAAGACGCCGCACGAGAACGGGAAGGUGAGCUACGAUGCGAGACUGGAGUACGCGAGGCUGUUCAUACGGGAUUCUCUGGAGGAGAUAGAUCCCGAGCUGCCGGGGUUUCUGCGGAAAUUGCAGGACGUCGGGGCGAGCGAGUGCUGGCACAAGCACGGGACAUUCUACGAGCAUCUGUUUAAUGUCUACCGCAACCUGAAGCUCUGGAACGCCGCCGACGCCGUGGCACGCUGCGGCCUCUUCCAUUCCGCCUACUCCAACUCGUACGUGAAUUUGGCCAUCUUCGCUCCCAACACCGACCGCCAGGUGGUGCGCGAUCUCAUCGGACCCGAAGCCGAGGAGCUCGUGCACUGGUUCUGCAUUGUACCCAGACAGCAGGUCGUGUUCGACAUGCUCCUGUUCAAGUUCACCGACGAGCAAUUGCUGCAGCGCCUCAAGGACGUCAGAGAGUCGAGCGAUUUAGCGACGAGCCAGCCUCUCGUUCCUCCCGGAGGAUUCACAGUCAGCAACAUUCGAACCGGAGAAGAUUUGCAGGUCCCACGGAAUCUGAUCGCGAUUUUUCUCAUUCUCACCAUGGCUGACGCCAUCGACCAGUAUUAUGGGUGGCAGGAUGAUUUAUUCGAUAAUCGAGACGGGGAGAGUUCGUUUUCGGGCGACCAGUGGACUGCAUUGUGGCCCGGAGAUGGAAGACCCGGACGCUGGGCGAGCAGUAUUUCUCGAAUGGGCGUGCUUUUGAACAUUCUUCUGCACGAAGAGGCGGCGUACAAGGAGAGGGAGGAGAGGGAGGGCAGGGGGGAGGCGUGGAAGAGCCGGCUGUUCGCAGGCAUCCCCGUGGCCGUGCCUCCGAUUUUCGAGAGCUGCACCGUGAUCGUGUCCCCUGCCGAUCAAGUCGAGGCCGUCAGGCUCUACUGGCAGGCCUUUCCUCUCGACGCCAAGGGGAAGCCGCAAUCCGCAGCCACGCUCAAGCCAUUGCUGCGGCAGGUCUCGCAGCUGAACCCUCACUUCGCUGAACCUCACGUGGCCUUGACUCAAGUGCUUCUGGGCGAGGGGGAGUACGAGGAAGCCGAGAAGGAAAUUGCCCAAGGCCUGAAGCUCUUGAUGGAAUGGGGCACUCAAUGGGACAAGCGCAUGAGCUGGGAAGGUUGGAUCUCGUGGGCUCGCGUCUUGCAGCUCAAUGCUAAGCAGAAGACUUGGACGAGAAGUGCAUGGGGCAUCAACUCGCUGGGUAUGGUAAAUUAAUCACUUCAUGUCCAGAGUCCGAAUCCGGGCGAAUUGCUUCUUCCACUUCUUCCGACGAAAUGCCUUUUGGGCCAUACUAAGAGUUGCUAUACGAGAGAAAAGGCGAAGUUCUUCAUAGACUGAACUAGCUGUAGAAUGUGCUUUUAUCCGUGUGCCUGCCCGCAUCGUGUACAUACUUAAUUUAUCGAGUUCAUACUUGAAUCGGGUCCUUGUCCCGAUCCUUUGUAAUCUAUUUGUUAAAUUAUGAGAACCAGAAUUCAAGUUUGCAGUC